AUGCCUCCCCAGCCAAUGGAGCACAAAUUAAUGAUUAUGAUGGCUGCGAUGUCACAGUUCUCAAGUAACGAAAAAGACGUCUUUCCAGUUCCCAACUACACCAUUCUCGCAGAACAACUCGGAUUGCCUAGUUAUGCUUCUGCGCAAGGAGUAUGGAAACGACUCACGGACGAACUCAAGGAGGGAGCGAAGGGAGAUCUCAAAAUUCGGGAUCCGGAAGCGGACAAAAAGAAGAAGGUCACCGUCCAGCAAAACGAAGAAGAGUCUCCGGUCAAGAAAAGAGCAGCUGAGGAAUUGGACACAAUGGCUAACGAGCCUGAGUCCUCCCCAACCAAACGAUCGAAAGUCAAUGCCGGCAAACGCGCGGCCAGAAAAUGA